CCUGUCUGUGCAGAGAAGGUGCUGGGGCAAAUGGGGUGGAUUGGCUGCAGAGAGCUGGGAGAGGGGACAUGGAGAACACCUUUACAGAGCUCCUUCUCUGACCCUUGGUACAGAUGGAGCCCAGCUCUGCUCUUCUCCAACCAGGCAGGGGUCUGACCCUCUGUUCCCUGUGUUGGGGUGCCCCUCGCAGCCCAGGAGUGCUGCAUGCUAGGCAGAACUGGGCUGCUGGGGCAUGCAUAGGGCUGUGCCUGCUGAAGCAGGGUCAGGGCAAAGGUUUCUUUCACUCUCCGUGUGUUUGGCACUGACCUGGAGUGGAGGUGCGAGGUGGAAGGUGGUGAGGAGGAAGGGGUAAGGAAGGGGAAGGGGCCCUGGCUGGCCUGGGGAAGCUGUGCCUUGCUAGUGUGUCCCCCUUGGGCUCGCAGUGUGAGUGAAAGGGGCAAGCCAGGGCUGAUCUCACCUCCUGGGUGUGCCAGGCUCUGCAUGCCCAUGUGGCAUGGGAUGGGCUGUGGGGAUUUGCCACGGUCCCUCACUGGAACCUGGAUGAGCAACCCCAUUCUGCUGUGGGGCAUGGAGCAGGUGGCAUGGAAGAGGAUGGUCACCCUCACCUGCAUGCCCCUGGUGGAUGCUGCACCACCUGCGGUGGUGGGCAGGGACCAUGGGAUAGGGUGCUUUGCCAUGGUGGGGCACUGUGGGGGUAUUUGGCUGGCAGGAUUUGGGAGGCAAGUCACAGGCAUCCUGUCUGAUGAAGUGCUGUUUGCAGGAAGCCUGAGCUGCCCCUGUGCCCUGCCCGCUACCCUGCAUGGACACUGGGGUGCAGGAUGGGGCUGAGGCAUCGCUGGAGGCAUGCCUGAUGGCUGAGGAGUCAGAGGAGAAGCAGCGCCCGGUGGCGCAGUGGACUGUGGCGGAGGCUGGUGCCUGGCUGGCUGCACACAGCGGGGCCAGGGAGCUGGUGGAGCUGGCACAUGAGCACGACGUCUCGGGCCGGGUCCUGCUGCGGCUGACGGAGGGGACCCUGCGGCGCAUGGGGGUGACCCCGCGGAGCCGGCGCCGGGAGCUGCUGCGGGAGCUGCUGCAACUGCGGCUGGAGCAGGAGGUCGAGGAGCUGCUGAGCAUUGUUGGCCAGUGAAGACAGUGUCGCUGCGGAUGUCCUGGAGACUGCAGGAGGAGAGGUGAUGCCAUGGGAGGACAAAGCAGCAGCUGGGACUGAGCACUUGAUGCAGGAGCGGUGCUGGAGGGAACCUUGAGGUGACUGUGUUCCCCGUGGACAAGACCAAAUCUGGCUGGAAGAGGUGGCCACCGGGCCCCGGGUGGCAUGCGUUGAAGGGUGGCUGCCAGCUCCCAUGGGGUCCUAUCGGCUCUGGCAUGCUGGGGGCACCCUACCAGCCCCCCCUGGAUCCUGCUGCAACCAUGAGGCAGCCUGGCCCCAGGAGUGACCCUCCAGUCUGUCU